CCGGGCUCCGCUCUCAGAGGACGGCAGGCCGCCCGCGAGUGGCGACGCCCCCGGACCCCAGGCGCCUGCUAUCCCCGCCGAGGGCCGCGGGGCGUGCUCGGUCGGGAGGCGACUCUGGAGAGCUGCGGACGCCCCUCCCGCCUUUCCCGCGGAGGCUCACGGGAAGUGUAGUUCUGGGGCGGGGGUCUGGGCGCCGGGUCCUGAUUGGCCGGGGCGCCGUCGUCUGGGUAACGCGGUGGGCGGGGCUCCGGGCGGGGACCGGAAGUGGCCGCUGCGGAGGGCCUUGUUGGCGGCUCUGGGCAGACUCCCAGCACGAUGCUCUCGCCUCUGGGCCGCCAGAACCAGCCCUCCGUGGGCCCCGGCGCCGUCCCUGUCGCCGUCCCCGUCCCCGUCCCCGAGGAUCCCGACGUGGCUCGCCUGUGCUUCCGCACAUUCUGCUACCAGGAGGCCGCGGGGCCCCGGGAGGCCCUGGCCCGGCUGCGGGAGCUGUGCCGCCGCUGGCUGCGCCCCGAGCUGCGCUCCAAGGAGCAGAUGCUGGAGCUGCUGGUGCUGGAGCAGUUCCUGGGCGCCCUGCCGCCCGAGAUCCAGGCCUGGGCGCGGGAGCAGCGGCCCGGCAGCCCCGAGGAGGCCGCCGCCCUGGUGGAAGGGCUGCGGCAGGACCCUGAGCCGCUGCUGGGCUGGAUCACAGCCCGCGUGCUGAGGCGAGAGGCGCUUCCGGCAGCCCAGAAGUCGGAGGGCUCCUCGGGAAGCCCCCUGGCCGCGGGGGCAGAGGGGCUGCAGGACACCCAGCCGGGCUGCACGGUGAAGGAGGAGCCUGACGCCGCCAAGGGGCAGGAGCCCGCUUUCUCCAACCCUGACCCUCCGGCCGCAGCUCCGUCCCCUGCAGGGCAGCCGGGGCAGCCGGGACACCAGGAAGCGGCGUCCUCCACGUCCCAGCCACCCGAGAUGCCCGUAAGCAGUGCCGCUCAGCGGGCGGGUGGGGAGAGGACGCCGCCAGCCACCACGUUCUGCUCCCCGGAUCUCCCGCUCUUGUGCCCUCCGCCGCCUGGAGGUGGUGGUUUCGGUGUGCCCUGGCAUCCUGGGGGACUGAGGCAAAGCCGGGGGCUUCUCCCUCAGCACACUGUCGGCACCCCAGGCGUGAGCCAGCCACGGCCACCCCAGGGUCCUCACCCUCACCCAGCCUGCCGGAAGGAGGCCGAGGGGGCCGGGCGCCUCCACCAGGAGGAGUGGAUGCUGCUGAACCGGUCGCAGAAGGAGCUGCACUGGGACGUGAUGUUGGAGAAGUACGGCUCGGUGGUGUCCCUGGCAGGGUUACCUGCACCCCAGACCGACACGGCAGCUGAGUCCCAUCACGGGGUGCUCCUCACGGGACCCCAAGGUGCAGGAAGCGUCCACCCAGGGGUGCAGGGCCAGGGCCCUGGUGCAGUGCUACCCAGCUCCUCGGAGUCCCAGCCUCAGGGGGACCCUCCCGGGGUGCAGACGGGCGUCGGGCCCCUGCCCCAGAGAAAGCCACCCUACACGUGUGAGCAGUGCGGCCUCAGCUUUGACUGGAAGUCCGUGUUCGUGAUCCACCACCGUUCACACACAAGUGGGCAGAGCCCGAAGACCGUCUCCGGGAGACCCCAGAAGCCAGGUGCGCCCCGACACCCCCGGCACGCCCUGGCGGGCGCCCGGAGCUACACGUGUGAGGACUGCGGGCACAGCUUCAGCUGGAAGUCGCAGCUGGUCAUCCACCGGAAGGGUCACGCUAGCCGGCAGCGCCACGUCUGCGGGGACUGUGGCCGGGGCUUUGACUGGAAGUCCCAGCUGGUCAUCCACAGGAAGGGACAUCAGCCCGAGGCCCCCUAAGCCCCAGCUAGCGGCCGGAGGCACCCCGCUGCCCGAGGCCCUCAAGCCUGGGGUCCCCUGCCCAGCCCAGUCUCCCUGGAAGCCCCCUGGCGGGAGAAACAGAGCAGCUGUCUCCCGCUUGCUGUCACCCUGCCGCACCGGCAGGAGUCCACGUGGUAGGAGGCUGGUGGGACAGCUGACUGGGCCAGCGCACACCUCAUGUGUGACCCCGUUGAGACUCAGCCACCAAGCUGUGGUUCCCCUCUCUCUCUCUUUUUAAAUUAUUUUUUUAUCUUUUUAUUGAAUGUAGACAGAAAUUGAAAAGAGCGAUAGACACCUGCAGCCCUGCCUCACCACUCACGAAGUUUUCCCCCUGCAGGUGAGAAGUAGGGGCUUGAACCUAGGUCCUUGCACACUGUGACGUGUGCGCUCAACCAGGUGCGCCACCACCCGGCUGGUUCCUCUCUCUGAACUGAUCUCCCUGAGGAAAGAAAUCAAGUUCCCCUCUGUGGCUGCAGGGUGACCCUCAAGCACCUGCGACUGAAGUGACAAGCUAGUGACUCUCAGCCCUGGGACCUCCAGGAAGGGGAAGAUGUCUGUCCAUCCCUGUCUCAGCUGGGCCUCCCUGUGGGGAGCCGGGCACCUCGGAGAGCGAAGCUGCCCACUUGCAGGUGGCUGAGUGGCCACUAGCUCUCCGCGUGCCUCUUGGGAUUUAGCUGCACUUUGCUUGGAUGUUGCUGGGACUCUGCGCAUGCACAGUUUCGCGGCACCCAGACUUUUCCUUUUUUUUUUUUUUUUUACCAGAGCACUGGCCAGCUCUAGCUUAUGGCAGUGUGGGGGUUGAACCUGGAACUUUGGAGCCUCGAGCAUGAGAGUUUCUUUGCAUAUCCAUUACACUAUCUACCCCUCCCUACGAGAUCUUUAUAGUGGGGAAGGUUUUUGCUGAACUGCCAGCAGCCCUGUCCCCAGCCUCCCUGCGUCUUGUCCUUCCACGUCACAGUCUAGCCACAGAGGGAUCAUCCUGGCCACGUGUGGAUGGCAGGGGGCCUUCCUCUUGACCCGGAUCAUGAUGCCUAUUCUGAAAUAAACACCUUCAGAUUCAGUUAAA